UUACUUUGAAUUUUUGUCGAAAUUCCGUGAUCCGGAAGUACUUUUUUAGUGUUGCGGAAUUUCAGACGAUUAAAAUAACACAGCUCGCUAGCUACUCAUCUUGCAUUAUCUAAAUAUGUCUAAAAUACAGUUGUUGAGAGUUUUUCUCUACGAUAGAUUAACAGCUGCCGCUGAGGAGAUAUUCGAGGUCGUUGAAAAAACCAUAGCAGAGAAUCAGGAGGAAGUUGUCCGUCUACAGAGGCUACUCGACAUUGUUCUUCAACCUGAGAUAAAGCAAGACAGAGCAGACCUCCAGCAGCUCUGUCUCUCUGUCUCUGAAGUGGAGAUUCUCCCUGAGCAGCAGCACUGUGAGCAGGAGUGGAGCCCCAGUCUGAGGCAUGAGGACCCAGAGUCCACACAGAUCAAAGAGGAACGUGGGGCCAGUCAGGAGGAAGAGCAGCCUCAAGGGCUUGAGGCUCACACUAAAGACUCCAUUUUCACUCCUGCUUAUGAUGAGGACCCAACUCAACUCUCACAUCCCUAUCAAGCCCAAAAGGAAGGAAACAGAGAGAGAGACACUCUACCCAGCACUACAACUGAACAGAUCAAAACAGAACCUGAUGGAGAGGACUACGGAGAAUCAGAACCAACCAGUGUCUUUCAGCCCCUCUCUGCAGUAAAUCCAGACUGUUCUGCAGCUCCGAGUGAAAACAGUGAAAGUGACAGUGGGAUGGAGACUGGCGGGCCUCCGUCAGGUUUCAAGUCAGUCAAAUCACAGAGAAUAAAGAUGGUAAAAUUACAAAGCUCCCUUAUCAACACGAAGGAUAACAAAUCCACACCGUUCCACCUGAAAUCACCUAGGCAAGGUCAUGCUACUCCUGGUUGUUGUAAGGUGUGUGGCAAGUAUUUUCAUUACAUGGGCUUAUUAUUUAAACAUGUUCAAACUCACACAAACGAUAAAGAAUCACUUUGUGGAGUGUGUGGAAAGCAUAUGGCGUCAACAGAAAGUAUGAAAGAUCACCUCCAAACUCACAUUGCAGCUAGGUAUUGUUGUCAUGUUUGUAGUAAAUGGUUCACCUUAAACAGCAAUCUGAUCGUGCACAUGAGAAGCCACACAGGGGAAAAAACGUGUCACUGCCCUGUUUGUGGCAAAGGAUUCAGCACCAGCGGCGAUCUGAAGAAACACAUCCGGAUUCACACAGGGGAGAAGCCGUUUCGCUGCCCUGAUUGUGGCAAAGCAUUCAAUCAGAGUGGAAAUCUGAAAUAUCAUAGAAAGUCCCACACAGGGGAGAAAUGAUAUCGUUGCAGUUGUUGUGACAGAUGUUUCAGGAUUGACACACAUCUUAAAAGUAGACAAGGACUCACGGGGGAGACAAGUAAGAUGCAAUGAUUGAUGAUAUGCUCAAGUGGGCCAAUUCAUAUCAUGAAUACUUCUGGAAAUUAUAUUUUCUUCAUCCUGGGAUUGUAUGUUUUAAUCACUUUCCCACUCUACAUUUACAAGUGCAUUUAUUCAGUACAUUGGCCAUGUUGCACCCAUGGCUGUGCCCCUGCCCAGUCAUGUGAAAUCUGUAGAUUAGGGCCUAAUGAAUUUGAUUUCAAUUGACUGAUUUCCUUAUAUGAACUGUAACUCAGCAAAAUCUUUGAAAUUGUUGCAUGUUGCAUUUAUAUAUAUUUAUUAUUUUUUAUUUUUUUCAGUAUAUCUGCAUACAUGUAUAAUACUUAAAUGCUCAUGUGUGACAUGUAGUAUUAAAAUGUUUAUUACAAAUAUGUCCCUUCUAUGUUAACAUUAUGUGUUAACUUGUUACGGGAAUUCAGUGAUCCUUGUAGUCAUGGUAAUAAAGCAGUAGAACAAACUACACUAAACACUCAA